GGCCAGGCUCUCAGGCUCUCGGGCGCUGCCUCGGCGAGCCUCGGCUUGGCUCGGCUCGGCUCGGUUUGCAGCUCGGGUGGGGGUAGGCAGCUAGUGUGACAGCGGCGGUGGCAGAGGCUGCGGCGCGGGGCUGAGCAAGCGGCGAAGGCAGAGCCGGUAAGAGGAGGAAGUGAAGCGGCGACCCGGAGCUCCGGAGUCCGCUGCGGGAGCAGGUCCGCCCAGAUUUGCAGAGUGAGGCGCGUCGGGACCUGGGCAGACUUCUUCGCGGUGCUCCGGCCGCUGGCGCCCCGCCUGCUCUGCCCUGCCCUGCUGGUCUGAGCCCCGCAUUCCGCGCCUGGACUUUCCCCAGCCCCGUGGUCCCGAGCUGCUGGGACAUUCGAGCCCCGGCCUUGAUCCGGAGCUCCGAGACGGGACGCGCCCCAUUACACUGACCCAUCUCCACCCGAGUAUCCUCCGCCCCCGGGUCGGCGCAAGGUGGCCCCAGCUCUCGGACCUGAGUGUAGAGGAGCCGGGACGUCCACCGGCCUCCGGGAGAACCAAAUCUUCAGCUGCCUUGGACCGGACUGCUCCGGACUUGAAACUGUACUGGCGCCGCCAGGGUCCAGAGCACCGUGAGUGGUCCCAAGCUGGCAGGACAGUCAGACUGAACCCCUGGGCUCGUGCCAUGAGCCGGAGCUGCCACCUCUCCGCUCUAGGUUAAGGACUUGGGAGUGUUUGUCCCAAGGAGAGAACACAGGGGCUUCUCCUGCUCCAGUCUCCAGCGAGCCGAGGUUGCAGCUCUUCGACUGAAGUGACAUCACCGUCUCUGUGGCCAGGACACCCUUGGAGUGCAGCCUGUAGCUAUCAGACCUUCUUCCAGCCAGGGGCCUCCAUGGGCGCUUGAGAGCCGGGCACCAGGGCCGCGGGCACGAGCAUGGUGAGACACCAGCCCCUGCAGUACUACGAGCCCCAACUGUGCCUCUCGUGCCUCACGGGCAUCUAUGGCUGCCGCUGGAAGCGCUACCAACGCUCACACGAUGACACCACACCGUGGGAACGCCUGUGGUUCCUGCUCCUGGUCUGCACCUUCAGCCUCACGCUCACCUGGCUCUACUUCUGGUGGGAAGUCCACAACGACUACGAUGAGUUCAACUGGUACCUCUACAACCGCAUGGGCUACUGGAGCGACUGGUCCGUGCCCAUCCUGGUGACUACAGCUGCCGCCUUCACAUACAUCGCAGGCCUCCUGGUCCUGGCACUAUGUCACAUCGCUGUGGGGCAGCAAAUGAACCUGCACUGGAUACACAAGAUGGGGCUGGUGGUCAUCCUGGCCUCCACAGUGGUGGCCAUGUCAGCGGUGGCCCAGCUCUGGGAAGAUGAGUGGGAGGUGUUGCUGAUCUCCCUGCAGGGCACAGCACCGUUCCUGCACAUAGGGGCCCUGGUGGCCAUCACCGCACUCUCCUGGAUCGUAGCAGGACAGUUCGCCCGUGCAGAGCGGUCCUCCUCUCAGAUCACCGUUCUUUGUACCUUCUUCGCUGUGGUCUUCGCCCUCUACCUGGUCCCUCUCACCAUCUCCUCUCCCUGCAUCAUGGAGAAAAAGGACCUGGGCCCCAAACCUGCCCUCAUUGGCCACCGAGGGGCCCCCAUGCUGGCACCAGAACACACGCUGAUGUCCUUCCGGAAGGCCCUAGAGCAGAAGCUGUAUGGACUCCAAGCUGACGUCACCAUCAGCCUGGACGGCGUGCCCUUUCUCAUGCAUGACACUACCCUGAGGCGGACCACCAAUGUGGAGCAGGUGUUUCCGGAGCUUGCCCGAAGGCCUGCUGCCAUGGUCAACUGGACUGUCCUGCAGAGGCUCAACGCCGGCCAGUGGUUCCUCAAGACUGACCCCUUCUGGACGGCCAGCUCCCUGUCACCCUCCGACUACAGGGAAGUCCAGAACCAGUCCAUCUGCAGCCUGACAGAACUCCUGGAGCUAGCCAAGGGCAAUGCCACACUGCUGCUUAACCUUCGAGACCCGCCCCGCGAUCACCCAUACCGAGGCAGCUUCCUCAACGUCACGCUGGAGGCCUUGCUGCGUUCUGGCUUCCCACAGCACCAGGUCAUGUGGCUGCCCAACAGGCAGAGGCCUUUAGUACGGAAGAUGGCUCCUGGCUUCCAGCAAACGUCUGGAUCUAAAGAAGCCAUUGCCAGCCUACGGAGAGGCCACAUCCAGAGGCUGAACCUUCGCUACACUCAGGUGUCCCACCAGGAGCUCAGGGACUACGCAUCCUGGAACCUAAGUGUAAACCUCUACACUGUCAAUGCACCGUGGCUCUUCUCCCUGCUGUGGUGUGCCGGGGUCCCAUCCGUUACUUCUGACAACUCCCAUACUCUUUCCCGGGUGCCUUCUCCACUCUGGAUCAUGCCCCCAGACGAGUACUGCCUCAUGUGGGUCACCGCCGACCUGAUCUCCUUCAGCCUCAUCAUCGGCAUCUUUGUCCUCCAGAACUAUCACUUGAUCAGGUGGCGCCUGGGUGGCAUACGGAGUUACAACCCAGAGCAGAUCAUGCUGAGUGCCGCCGUACGCCGGACCAGCCGGGACGUCAGCAUCAUGAAAGAGAAGCUCAUCUUCUCAGAGAUCAGUGAUGGCGUGGAAGUCUCUGAUGAGCUCUCCAUGUGUUCAGACAGCAGUUACGACACCUAUGCCAACAGCACAGCCACCCCCAUGGGCCCUCGAAGUGGUGGCAGCCGUGCCAAGCCCCUCACAGAACGGGGCGGGCAUUAGCUGACAAUCUGCCUAUCCAACUUACACCUAAGAUAGAAUCUAGGAGAGAGAAAGAGCUGACAGAAACUGCACCUGGAGUGCCUGGGAGCUGGCUCCACAGCCUACUUGUGUGCUCCAAGCUCAUUUGACAGUUCCAGCCUCUCUCUCGGGGUGCCCCUCUCCGCUGGGUCUCAGCUAGACCAGGACUCCAGCCUCUCAGAUGCCCCUGCAGGCCUGGGGCUUUUCAUCCAGGAAUUGAGGGCCUGGUCUCCUGGUCCACUCUCACAGCCAUCCUUGGCUUCCCAGCCUGGAAGGUUUGGUAAGUGGGGCUGUGCCAUGUGCCUCAUGAGAGUAG